AUGGAUAAUAAAGGCAUUCGUACAGUGGCACUGAUUGUGGCUAGCUUCCUUGCUGUUUCAGCAGAAGUCAUUCAGUUUAAAGAUUGUCUCCCUUCUGAAGGAGUUACUGGUCACGCCACGUCAGUUGAAUUGAGCCCGUGUACUUCCCAGCCCUGCAACUUCAAACACGGACAGACCGUCAAUGUGAAAAUCACCUUUACCGCAAACAAUGACACUCCCACGCUGAAGUCAACUGUCUACGGCAUCGUGUUUAAUGUACCUGUAGAGUUCCCCCUGCCCAAUGCAGAUGCCUGCAGCAACAGCGGCCUCACCUGCCCCAUCCAGAAAGGUCAAACAUACACAUACAGUUCAUCAUUUGAUGUCAAAGACUCAUAUCCUCAGAUUGAAUUGGUUGUCAUGUGGAAACUGCAGGGAGCAAGUUCCAACGAAGUGUGUUUCACGUUUCCCGAUGUCCAUCAAUGA